AUGAAACUCCGACCAGCUUCGUUGCGGCAGUUUGCGGACAGAAAUGUGUUUGACGCUUGCGAAGACGCUUGUUUGGUGGACUCCGUGCUUGACGAAGCCGCCAUCCUCAGGUCUCAACACCACAGUUACAGCUUGAAGGAUGGUGUGAAGAAUGUCAUCUUAGAUAAGUCUGCUCCAGAUUACGAGCAAAUGUUCCUAGAAAAGGGCCAACCUUUAGCUGCGGAUGAAGUGUUAGAGUCUUUGAAGCCGCUGGUGCUCAAAAUCCCUUUGAAAGCUCGUUCUGAGUUUCGUUCUGGACAGCUUCCACUGUCUGAACUUUUGAUGGCCAUACAAUACUAUGCUAGCCAUACGGAGAUGCGUAAUUACUCCAUGGAUGAAUCUGCCUUAAUUACUCUUGGACUACUUGCUGAGCAAUGGGCAGACGAGAUUGUGGAUGAUAAUACUGCCAGCAUGUUUCUCGAACUAGACAACGGAGAGGACCUGAGCGGCGAUUCUCUGCUUCUAAGAAAAUUUGGACCAAUCUCCGAUAGUGAAAACGAAACUAUAAUGGCAAACUGGGCUAAGGAGGAGUCAGACUCCGAUGUUAUGUCUAUUGAUUUCGAAGAGAGCGAGACUGAUGAAGAAAUACAAGAAAUAAAUUCAGUGGAGCCACGAGUGACCGACGCGGGAAUGGGUCCUAAGCGAAGAGGAGACAUAUCCGAGGGCCUGCGAAAGAAAUCUCGCUUGGCGGAUUCUGCUCACUCCAGUGAUCAAUCGAGUGAUAGUUCAAAUGAGAGCACAAGUGAAAGUUCAAACGAAAGCUCAAGUGAAAGUUCAAUUGAGAGUUCAAGUGAAAGUUCGAGUGACAGUUCAACUCAAAGCUCAGAUGACACUUCGAAUAGUAAAUCGAAUGACAGCUCUGAUGACGAGAAUACAGAUUCAUAA